UGUAAUGCACUCGGAGUUGAUGACAGUAACACGUGUUAACCGCCCUUCCCUGCAUGCACAGCUAUUGUGUUGAUCGUCUAGCAAUACUACAUGUCAACCCAACUCACAAUACAACACCAAGAACCGUUCUUCUGCCUCUGUCUUCCAAUUAUCUCAAUAUCUCAUCUUUUCUACUCUCUCUCUUGAAAGAAGAAAAAUCAAAAGGCCAGCAAGAGAAAGCUAAUUAAUUAAUUAAAAUGAUGGAUUUGGUGAACUCAGUUCUGAACUUGGUGGUGCCGCCGGCGAGCUUGGUGAUGCUGGCGUUGGCAUGGCCGACUUUGAGUUUCAUCAGCGCCUGUGAGUGGCUUUACAACCUUUUCUACGGGGAGGAGAUCAUGGAGGACAAGGUGGUCGUCAUCACCGGAGCUUCCUCUGGUAUUGGAGAGCAAAUUGCAUACGAGUAUGCAAAAAGGAGAGCCAACCUGGUGUUAGUAGCACGAAGAGAGAACAGACUGCGGGGGAUCAGUGAGAACGCUAGGCUGCUGGGUGCAAAGAAUGUGUUGAUCACAGCCGCAGAUGUUGUCAAGGAAGAAGACUGUAGGAAAUUCAUCCUUGAGACUAUCAACUUCUAUGGCCGCUUGGAUCAUCUUGUGAAUACAGCAAGCUUGGGACAUACCUUUUACUUUGAGGAAGCAUCUGACACAACCGUCUUUCCCAUUUUAAUGGAUAUAAACUUCUGGGGAAAUGUUUAUCCUACAUAUGUAGCCCUUCCAUAUCUGCGCCAAAGCAGAGGUCGAGUCAUAGUGAAUGCAUCAGUGGAGAAUUGGUUGCCUUUGCCAAGAAUGAGCUUAUAUUCCGCAGCAAAAGCAGGGCUAGUAAAUUUGUACGAGACACUGAGGUUUGAGGUGGGGAACAGCAUCGGAAUCACAGUAGCAACUCAUGGGUGGAUCGGGACUGAAAUGGCGAGAGGGAAAAUCAUGGUGGAGGAAGGCGCAGAGAUGCAAUGGAAAGAAGAAAGAGAAGUACACGCAACUGGGCCGGUGGAGGAGUUUGCGAAGCUGAUAGUGUCAGGGGCAUGCCGUGGGGAUGAAUACGUGAAGUACCCAAGCUGGUACGACACUUUCCUUCUCUAUAGGGUCUUUUGUCCGAACGUCCUAAAUUGGACGUUUCGCCUCCUCUUUGACAACCUUAGUGCAAGAACAACUUCUUUCAUCGGGACCGGGAGACCUGUAACGAUGGAAUCAUCAUCUUCCUCACCAAUGAGAUUGGAAGCACCUUCUCCCGCCGGAAGACCUGUUAUUGUCCUUCAACAGCACAAGAUGGAAUGAAUGAAUUGAUCCAAGCCGCAGCAUGCCGGGAUGCCACAGUAUGAUUAGUUAGUUUCGUUUUAUGUCGUUGGUUUGGUUUAGUUUAGUUUGAUGCAGUUUAGGUUUAAUUUGU